UCUCACUUCCCAUACUAAAAACAAACAAAGCAAACUUUUUGCAAACAUUCUAGUCGAUUCUAACAGCAAGAUGAAUAUGCUACUACUGAGGCGUUUUCAAAAGUCGAUUGGAUGAGUUUCAGGGAGAAGAUGAUCUGCAGCAUCCUGCUGCUCAUCAUCCUGACCUCCUGUGUCUCUGGAACAUUAGUAGUGAAUGUGACCCAGACCUCCUAUCAGGCAGAGGAGAACCAGCACAUCACACUGGAGUGGACCUUCACAACCCUAACCAAACAUACACUCAACUCUCUUUCUAUCUUCUGUGAACUUUUAACUGAUCCCAGACCCUCAGUCCUGUUUCAUCUCCAUGAAGGAGUUGAGGUCCCAGAGUUUCAGGAUGAACAGUUUGCAGGACGAGUCCAGUGGGACAAAGACGUCCUCAGAGAAGGACGACUCAGACUUCAUGUGUCCAGACUCAGGACUGAAGACUCAGGACUGUACCUGUGUAAAGUGUUCACAAGUUAUGGGAGGAACUCUGGUAGAUGUUGGCUCAAUGUCACUGCAGCGAGGGAUCGGCCUGAACCUGAGACACCAAACACAACAAGUCCACCAAACACAACAAGUCCACCACAACCAGAGAGUCGGGGAAGGAUCGGUCUCUACUGUGUAGUGGGACUGACGACAGCAGCAGCUCUGCUGGCUGGUUGUUUCUGUUUGUUCAGAAAGAGAAGAAUGCAGAGAGAACCAGAUUCCCAUUUAGCAAAUACCAGUUACAGAUCAGCAGUUGAUGGUUUAGAGUUUAAUCAUUAACAACUGAGACAAAACUGUUAGAAUUAACUGUUUGUAUCACAGACACAAAGAAAAUACUAGUUUCUAGUACUAGUGGCAGCUAAUAUAACAGCAGGUAACCAUAUUAAUGUUGAUGUUUCACACACAUGAAAAUCAGCAAAAUGAACAGAAACAAGCUGUAAAAGGUGAUGACUGAAACACAUUCAUGAUAUAAAAGUCUAAUUACAGAACUGAUAUACAAAAAUAAUUAUGGAGGAAAACAAUGUUGUCAUUAUUUUUAAGCGAUGUCUCGUCAAAAUGUUAGGGGAGACCGGAGCAAUAGUAACAUAUUUUACAUUUUCCUUCAUGACUCACAGACGACUUG